UCCGAGGCGGGGCUUAGUAUAAUGGCGGCGCCCGCGAAACUGAUGGGAGAGGGUAUUGGGGAGAAUGCAGCAGAAGAGGAGCCACGGGUUCUGGAACCCGGGGCCGCUCCGUUCGGAAAUUUCCCUCAUUAUUCCCGCUUUCACCCUCCAGAGCAACGGCUUCGCCUCCUGCCCCCGGAGCUGCUUCGAAGGCUCUUCCCUCCCGAGCGUUCCGAGGCAAGGCCGAUCCUGGGGCUCGACGUGGGGUGUAACUCCGGGGAUCUGAGUGUGGCUCUAUACAAACACUUCCUUUCCUUACAUGAUGGGGAGAACUGCUCAGAUGCCCCCAGAGAACUCCGUCUCCUAUGCUGUGACAUAGAUCCAGUCCUGGUGGAGCGAGCUAAAAAAGAAUGUCCUUUUCCUGAUGGCUUGAAUUUUAUCACCCUGGACUUCAUGAAUCAAAGGACCCGGAAGGUUCUCUUGAGCUCCUUCUUAAGUCAAUUUGGACGUUCAGUUUUUGACAUUGGCUUCUGUAUGUCAAUAACCAUGUGGAUUCAUCUUAACCAUGGGGACCAUGGCCUGUGGGAGUUCCUGGCCCAUCUUUCCUCCCUCUGCCGCUACCUCCUUGUGGAGCCACAGCCUUGGAAGUGUUACCGAGCAGCUGCAAGGCGUCUCCGAAAGCUGGGACUCCAUGAUUUUGAUCACUUCCAUUCCCUUGCCAUCCGAGGUGAUAUGGCCAAUCAGAUUGUGCAGAUCUUGACCCAGGACCAUGGCAUGGAAUUAGUAUGCUGCUUUGGCAACACUAGUUGGGACCGAAGCCUUCUACUCUUCAGGGCAUCUGAUCCCUGAAUCACUGAUAGAAGAAAAAGAAAGGAACAGAUUAAGAUUCUGGAGGCAGUAAGAUGGGAAGGCAGUAAAAGAUACCGAAAAGGCUUUUAACUGAGAAUUAUGCUCACUGUCCUGGAACAGUGAGGCAGCCUGAAAACCUAGCAGAAGCUUUUGGCAAAAUGUCCAAAGCAUGCAACUGAAAGAAUGUCUGUUCCCCAUUAUUUGGGAUAAUCCCUGAGGAGAAUGAAUCCAAAGAUCAGUGAGCAAGGGUAUCUAAAUGAAGAAUAUGAUCCUUAGUUGUAGGAUGUGGAAUAGACUAUUCCUAGGUUUCUGUUUGUGGUACUGGUGAUCAAAACCAGGGCCUGUGCAUGGUAGACAAAUGCUCUAGCACUGAUCCAUAUCCCCAACUCUUAAAGGUCAUUAAAAAUUAGACCAGGCUUAGCCGGGUGCGGUGGCACAUGCCUGUAAUCCCAGUGGCUCAGGAGUCUGAGGCAGGAGGAUCACGAGUUCAAAGCCAGCCUCAGCAAAAAGCCAGGAGCUAAACAACUCAAUGAGACCCUGUCUCUAAAUAAAAUACAAAAUAGGGAUGGGGAUGUGGCUCAGUGGUUGAAUGCCCCUGAGUUCAAUCCCCGGUACCCCAUCAAAAAAAAAAAAAAGCCUAUCAUGAUUGCUGGAAUAAGCCUGCAAUCUCAAUGACACAGGAAACAGAGGAGGAUUGUCUCAAAAAAAUAAUAAGGACUGGGAAUGUCUCUCAGUAGUAAAGCAGUCCUGAUUUCAAUCCCAGGUACCAAAAAAAAAAAAAUUUUUUUUAGGUGUUUUUAAUUAGGCCUUCCUUUGGGCAAAACCUCACAAUGCAAUCUGUAAUGAAGAGCCACUGACCGGACUAAAGGAAGUGGUCAGUAGGGAAUGUAUUUUAUCUUUCUUUGGCAGUUCAAGUCUCUAACAUGCCCAGGCUUGGCACAGCAAUUAUAGAUACUAGGAAAGAUACAUUAACUAGAAUUUCAAGAUGCUUAACAGGUUUAAAUUAUGAACCCAGAGAUACUGGUUCAGGUCUGGAAUAGGACUUAGAUGUUCUAUUUUGUUGUAUUCUUUUAUUGUGGUAAACUACAUAUACAUAUAACAAAAUUUACCGUGCUGACCAAUUUUUAAGUGUAUAAUUAAUGUGACAUUCAGCAUAUUCACAGUGUAGAUUCUAGUUGUUUUUGUUUUUGUUUUGUUUUGCUAUUUGGAGUACUGGGGAUUGAACUUGGAUAUGCUCUACAACUGAGCAACAUUCCCAGUCUUUAUUUUUAUUUUGAGACAUGGUCUCUAAGUUGCUGAGGCUGGUGUUGAACUUACAAUCAUCCUGCCUAGCCCAAGUUACUAAGAUUACAGGUAUAUGCCACUGCACCCUGAAGGAUUCUGUUUUUAACAGGCUCCUUGGGUGAUUUUUUUUUUUAUUUUUAUUUAUUUAUUUUUAUGUGGUGCUGAGGAUCAAACCCAGUGCCUCACACAUGAUAGCAAGUGCUCUGCAACUGAGCUACAGCCCCAGCCCCCUCAGAUGAUUAUGAUACAAGCAGUGGACAACACUGAAUAUAGGGUUUUUUAGUGUUCCAUCCAGCCUUCUACAUAUUUUUCCAUAGGUGAUUUCUUCUACUCUCAUGCUUUUAACAACUACCAACAUUAACAAUCCCUGAAUAUACUGGUAGUCCUACCCCACAGUUUCAGACUAAUAUUUUUCCUGUCUUAAAAUCAUGAUCCCCCUAAAUAAAUCCUUAAGACAUCUUAAAAUUCAACAUAUCCCAAAAGCAAACUCAUUAUCUACCCUCUCUCCAAACCUAAUCCUAUCACAAUUUGUGGCAUCCACUGCUCAAAUCAGAAACCUCAGUUGACUCUUGGCUCAUUUAUAUCCCCAUGCUGAAAUAAUCAUGAUGUCCAUCCUAUUCUUUUUUGUUUUGGUACUGAUGAUUGAAACUCGGGCACUCUACCACUGAACUACAUCCACAGUCCUUUUUAUUUUUUAUUUUGAGAUAGGGCUGGCUGAGGCUGUCAUCAAACUUUCAAUCCUCCUGCCUCAGCCUGGGAAGCAGCUGGGAAAUCCAGUCAAUUCUACAAAUAACAAGUAAAUUUCAUUCAUUCCAUCCAUGUGGAUGAUGCCUACCAGGGGUUUCUAUGUUAAGUCACCUACCUUCUAGUCCAUUCUCUGCUUUGCAGCCAUAGUUUACUCAUCUGUACAACUGAAAUAACACCUAGCCAGCACAGUGGUACAUGCCUGUAAUCCAGCAGCUUGGGAGGCUGAGGCAGAAAAUUACAGAUUCAAAGCCAGUCUUGGCAACUUCGUGAGACCCUGUCUCAAAAUAUAAAAAAGGUCUGGGACUCAGUGGUUAGGCACACCUGGGUUCAAUCCCUGAUACCAAAACAACAAUAAAAAAAUAAAAUAAAUAAACAACCCUUUUCCUGUGCCUAAGUAAGCUAAACAAUGUGAAGGUAUUUUGUAGGAUACAGCAUUAAGCAAAAAAAUAUAGUGCUAUUGCCUUCUCAUGACACUGUAAGCAUGGUGCAGACUACAAUUAUACCUGGUGGAUCAAAGGCUUAUGUGAAAAAAUCAUCAUAGAAAACUCACAUCUUACUAUGUCUAAUAAUUAGUUUUUCAGGAUGCAGUAAUAAGGAGUUCAGCUUUAGCACUACAGAGCUGCUUUUUUUCUUCCUUUUUUUGGGGGUGGGGGGCAGACGAAAGAUUGAACCCAGGGUCACUUAACCCUUGAGCCACAUACCAGGCCUUUGUUUUUAUUUUUUAAUUUUAUUUUGAUACAGGGUCUUGCUAAGUUGCUUUGGGCCUAAAUUGCUGAGGGUAUUGAACUUGGGAUCAUCCUGCCUCUUCAGCCUCCCAACUCACUGGGAUUACAGGUGUGCAUCGCCUCACCCAGCACUACUAUAGAGCAUUUCAAAUGAAGCAGUGUUGGGAGGAAGGGAUAUGGAGCUAAUAUCCCAUAUAUAUAUAUAUAUGAAAUAAUAAGACCAGUUUUUAUAGGGCUGAGUUUACCUAUUCUUUAUAGAUCUUAAUUUAAGAAUACUUGGAAACCUUGCAUUUCUGCAAGGUGGCUCUCUCCUAUCACCCUUCACCAAGGCAGUGCAAAGAAAUGUAUAUGGGGCAGAGAUAGGCUAAAUAACAGACCCCUAAGAUAUCCAAUACCAUUUCUUGGAAACUACAAAUGUUAUCCACGCUGUGUGCAGUGUAGUCAUAGUGACUCAGGAAGCUGAUAUAGGAGGAUUUAAGUUCCAGGCCAGCCUCAGCAACUUUAACAUGUCUCAAACAUAAAUAAAAAGGAUUGGGGAUGUGGCUCAGUGGUAAAGUGCCCCUGGUUUUGAUUCCCGGUACCAAUAAAAACAAACCAAAAAGUUGAGGUUAACUGAGAUAGCAAAAGGGACUUUGCAGAUGUGAUUAGACCACAGUAGAAGAUGUGAUGACAGAAACAAGAGGUUAGAGUGAUGAAAGGAAGGCCUGCCUGUAAACCAAAGAAUGAAGGCAGUUUCCAGAAGUUAGACAAAGCAAAGAAAUAAAUUCUUCCCUGGAGCCUCCAAAAGGAAUGCGAAAAUUUUGAUUUUUAGAUUUUUGGCUUUCCAGACUAUAAGAAUAAAUUCGUUGUUUUAAACCACUAA